GAGGCAGAGAGAGAGAGCGAGAGAGAGAGAGGCCGCACGUCCUCUUCCCCCCUCCUCUCUGCGCUAGUGAAGAGAAGAUGUUGAACGUUUAGGUUCGCAUCGAGACAGAUGCACGCCGAGGCCGCCACGGAGAUACUCUAUUUUAGUCCGCGUUCUGGUUCAUACCGGCACCUUCUGAGCUGUGCUAGAGCAGAUUGAUGCGUGAUAGGGGACAGGAGUCUGGGACGAAGAAAGAAAAAGAAGAGAAAAGAAAAGAAGGUAGUGAGUUUUCAAAAUGACAUCAUCGUUCUCGGGAAACGAAAGAUGCAAGAGGGGUUGAUGACAGUCCCCCCGCGCGAUUGGCUGUGCCCUACCUCCGAAGCCGCCCAAGCCUGCACCCGUGACUAACAACGGGAUGAACAACAACAUGGUCCUGCAAGACGCAGAGUGGUACUGGGGGGACAUCUCCCGGGAGGAGGUGAACGAGAAGCUGCGGGACACGGCGGACGGGACCUUCCUGGUCCGAGACGCCUCCACCAAGAUGCACGGAGACUACACGCUGACUCUGAGGAAAGGAGGCAACAAUAAGCUCAUCAAGAUAUUCCACCGAGACGGAAAGUACGGCUUCUCGGACCCGCUGACCUUCAGCUCGGUGGUGGAGCUCAUCAACCACUAUCGCAACGAGUCUCUGGCUCAGUACAACCCCAAGCUCGACGUCAAGUUGCUGUACCCCGUCUCUAAACACCAGCAGGAUCAGGUGGUGAAGGAGGACAACAUCGACGCCGUGGGGAAGAAGCUUCACGAGUAUCACUUGCAGUAUCAGGAGAAGAACAAGGAGUACGACCGGCUGUACGAGGAGUACACCAGGACCUCACAGGAAAUCCAAAUGAAACGGACGGCGAUCGAGGCGUUCAACGAAACCAUCAAGAUCUUCGAGGAGCAGUGCCAGACCCAGGAGAGGUACAGCAAGGAGUACAUCGAGAAGUUCAGGAGAGAAGGCAACGACAAGGAGAUCCAGAGGAUCAUGGGUAACUACGAGAAACUCAAGUCUCGGAUCAGCGAGAUUGUGGACAGCAAGCGUCGCUUAGAGGAGGACCUGAAGAAGCAGGCUGCAGACUACAGAGAGAUCGACAAGAGGAUGAACAGCAUCAAGCCUGACCUCAUACAGCUGCGCAAGACCAGGGAUCAGUACCUCAUGUGGCUGACACAGAAAGGCGUCAGGCAGAAGAAACUUAACGAGUGGCUUGGAAUCAAGAACGAGAACACAGAGGAUCAAUAUUCUAUGGUUGAGGACGACGAGGACCUUCCUCACCACGACGAGCGUUCCUGGAAGCUGGGCAACCUCAACCGGACGCAGGCCGAGGUUCUCCUCCGGGAAAAGCGAGACGGAACAUUCCUGGUCCGAGACAGCAGCAAAGCCGGGUGCUACGCCUGCAGUGUUGUUGUGGACGGCGAGGUGAAGCAUUGUGUCAUCAACAAGACGCCCUCAGGAUACGGCUUUGCUGAGCCUUACAAUCUGUACAGCUCCCUGAAAGAACUGGUCCUUCAUUACCAGCACACCUCGCUGGUUCAGCACAACGACUCUCUUAAUGUGACGCUCGCACACCCCGUCUACGCCCAGCAGAGACGGUGAGGGCCCUUCCACGCGUUUGGGAUUCGGACAAAACCUAAAAGGGGCCUCGCUCCUUGAAAACAGAGAUUCAACUUGUGCUUGGACUCAAGGAUGAAAUGAUUUUUUUUUUAAAGGCGGUGUCUUGUCUACUAACAGACUUCCCCCCCCUCCCGUGAGAGGAAAUUAGUAGACGGAACGCGGACGAAACCUGAAAACAUUUCAGCGACUGUGACUGACUGUGAGCAGUGGCAAGCCUGAAUGUAGUUUUGUUUCUCUCAUGCUUUUGUGGGAGCACAGAAUCAAGGGGAAACUGCUGAACUCUCCCCCCGAGCGGAGGACACAGACAUAGAGGCCUUUUCUUAACGGUGCUUGUUCUUUUUAAAACUUUACCAGCUGGAAUGUCAAAACACAGCGGAUAACCCUUGAGUGCAUCUCCGUUUUUUUUUUUUUUUUUACCCUUUUGUUUCUCCUCCCCGACAACCUUCUGGUUCCUCCUUCUAUGUCUGUGUCCCUCUGUGUGUGUGUGUGUGUGUGUGUGUGUCUCUGUGUGUGUGUGUGUGUCUCAGUGCGCGUGUCUGUGUGUGUCCAUGUGACCAAAACUCACAAUUUGAAAGCUAUUGGGGGAGGGGGGGGGGGGUCUGACACAUUUUUUUGUGUUAAGUGUGUUAAGUGUUAGUAACAGACCAUGGAUCAGCUGGUAAAUGUAGCAAAAUGGCACUUUUGACAAAGUAUAAUCUUUUUCUUGAAAAGACUCCUGUAGACUCCUAUAGAAUCAGGAACAGAGGACAAGAUGACAAGAUUCCUGCUUUUCCCUUGUCAAGCAUUACAUGCAGACUUAAACCUCUUCUCUACUGUGGACAAGUAAAACUAUGAAUGAAUUUGACACGGAAAUACUUAUGUACAUAGAGGAGAAUGUCAAUGAUGAAAUUUGCCGCACCAUACCAAAAAGCUCAGUUUCCUGUUCAUUUUCUUCUAAUCUGCUAUGCAAUUCUGUACCUCCUUUAUUUCUGCAAAGUUGUUUGUAUUCUGUUGCAACCCAUGGUGUAAGCUUGUUUUAUUGCUUGAAAAGGUUUUCCCAUGUAAAUAUCCCAGUGGAUAUUUUGUGUCAAAAUGCCAAGAUAAAAACUGCUUCAGAUUUUUUUAAAGUAAAUAGUAACAUAUACUUUAUUACAAAUUACUCUAUCAGCAACUGGUAUAAAUAUGAAAAGAUAAGUAUUUUAUUAGUUUUUUUUCUUCAAAUUGUUCUUCUCAGGCAGAACCUUUUGAGUAUUUGAAAGCUGCUUCAGUCACAAGAACUCGUUAACAGAGCCUCGUGUAGUUCUUUGUUGAAACAUGUAAAGACUUCAGUAUCAGCACUCUGUUCAUGGAAUGAUGGGGAGUAGGCUUGAUUAAUGCAAUCACAAUGAUGCAUGUACACACCUUUUCAACCAUCUCCAAUGAAACAGUAAAGAUUUAUUUUGUUAUAAAUACCUGUCCCUACAAGGAUAUCCAAGAAAAUCGGUGUCUUGAAAUGAUGGAAAUUGUUAUUAAAAGAUCAUUUGGGAGACAUUUUAUCUUCCCGUACACAUUGUCCACUUAGUAAUUUUUUCUGUAUCAGAAAACAAUUGUGUUUACAUGGGUGGAUGAACUCAUUUCAACUAAUCCGUAAUUGCUCAUUUGCAGAACACAUUUUACGCCAAUAAAUGAAGGUUCUGUUAUUUAGAGAGAACCACAUCUUGGUUUUCAAACCCCUAGUCAUGUUAUGAUAUUAUUGGCACUCUUUAUUCCAGUUUUCAAGUGUCUGAAAAGGAGUUUAAUUGUCUGCUGUGUGCACAAUUCAGAUGUCAGACGUUUUAUGAUCUGCUGCAUUAGCAAAUGAUUGAGAAAUGUUGAAAAUCUGUCCCCAGAUUGCUUAACAUAGUUCCCUACCUUUUAAGCCCAGUCCAUUAUUUUUAUAAAACAAUAUUAUUUUAGAUAUUUUGUUCAAAGUAGACCUAAACGCCUAAAAAGAUUUAGAUUUGAUCUACUCUCGUGAUCACUUUUGGCAAGUUUAACAUUAUGCGUCGUCUAUAUCUUUGAGUAACAUAAAAUGAAUUGGUAGUACGACAAUUAACCUAUUAAAAUUUGUACUUUAUUUCCCUUCCUAAUUUUCCUUUCACAUGGCAAAUGUCAUUUUCAGUCUUCUAUGUUAUACCUGAUUAUGGUCUGUACUUGAUUUUCUUCACAUGAACUGUCCAUCAGUCUUCUCUACAAUUUGAUGGAGGAACAGGAGACAGACCCAUAGAAUCUCUUAUUUUUAUUGAAAGAGAAGUUGACAGUGAUGCAGUAGGUCAAUUUGUAUUUCUUUGGUCGGAAAAGGCUUUGCAUUCUUUUACAGGACAAUAAAUAGGGUGCCUUUUGGCAUUAAAUCUGUUUAUACAGCAAUUUAUUUUCCUACAUAAAUAACCCAAUAACAAUGUGAACCUGGCAGUAGAUGUCAAUUAUUACAAAGUUUAAAGAAAUACAACCUUUUCUAGUGCAAGUGGUGGAAAGGUAUUGUAUCAGUGUUUGACCAAAUUAUCAUCAGAAUCAGAAUGGGAUUUAUUCGCCAUGAAAGUUUGCACAGACAAGGAAUUUGCUUUGGCAGGAAGGUGCAUACAAUAAACAUAUAGGAACCUAAAAUGGUUUUGUUUUCAUUGUUUUGAACUCUCAUUUUGUGCUCUUUUUUAUUAAAUUUGGACUACUAAAUAGAGCAAGAAAAAAUCUAGCUUUUGGAUCUACUGUUGUCGUAUCUGGGACAAAUCCUAAAGAUAAAUCAUUUUUAUCGUCCCCUGGUUCUGUGAUCAUGGAGUUUUUUUUUCAGUUUGUCAAAUAGCUGUCUUUUCUCUAAACUGUUCUGCAUAAUUUAGAGGUUUUUUUUUUCUUCUCUUCACCCUCUGGGCUCUAAAACUAUUUCAUUUUAUAGUCAUCCUUUGAGAUGAUUGUCACAGAAACAAUGAUAUUGAGAUUUACCAGUGUUCCCCGGUUUUGCUUCAAACCUGUAUUGGACUUUGUUAAUUGAAAAUAAAACAGUUGUUUUUAAGAAAA